AUCGUCCCGACAAAAAAUUGCUGACAUGGCCCGUUAAGUGAUGGCCCGGAACAUUAAGUUCGACUUUGCCAAUUUUCCCUCCCAAAAUCUCAAAUCCCUAAUAUGAUUUUCCCCCCAAAUUCUGAAAUCCCCAAUCCCCAAUCCGAUUUCCCCCCGAAUUCUAAAAACCCUAAUCCGAAUUCCUCCAAAUUUCCACAUCUUCUGACCCUUCUCGAUCAAUUGAAACCACGAUUCUCUUCAAAUCCCUAACCCUAACCGUAAUCUCUCAUCUCGAAUGUGAAUCUCCUCAUGAUCAUUCCAACCCGUUUAAUAAUCAGUGUUUGGGGUUCGAUCACGAGAAGGUGUAGCGAGAUAGUCGAACGGUAGGUUUAAAAGGCAUAAGCUUUGCAUCGUAAAUGGAUACCGGGUCUAAGCAACUGACUUUUCCUUGAAGCUAUAUGAUUUGGAUGGUACUGGAUUCAUCGAGCACCAAGAGGCAAAGCUGGCAGUUCUCACAAAUGCUUAAAUAUGGCUGCAUACAAUUUUAAGUUUUCCAUUUCUGCACCCAUCUUAUUAUGCCAUUUUUUGGAGGUCAAGCAAAUGCUGAUUGCCCUUCUUUGUGAGUCUGAGAUGAAAUUGGUCUGAGAUAAUACUCGAUAAGACUUUCGUGGAUGCUGACGUGAAUCGGGACGGAAAGAUAGACCGGUCUGAAUGGCAGCAGACCUUUGUUUCUAGAAACCCGUCACUGGUAAAAAUCAACCCCUACUUGAGGGAUAUAACAAUUACUUUCCCAAGUUUUGCUCAUCAUCAUCAAUCCACUAGAAGUAACCACAACUAAGGUCAUUCCUCUUCCACAAAGGAUAUUCAAGAAAUCGCUUAUCAUAACUUUGCUCUUUAGUUGGUGUUUGUAUCGAAAGUCUCCUUCUACGUCCACAUAGAUUUAUUGACUCUCCAACUGAGGAAGCACUGUAUCUUUUCUCCACCAUCGAUAAUAUUCUAUGGAGAUGUUGCUUCCCUCCACGAUGGCUUCCUUCGCCUCCCAUUGUCCUACUUCUCACAGAUUGAUGAUGGGUAUGGAUCGAAAGAAGAAUAGAGAUGGGUUAUUGUUUUUAUCUUUCAUUUUCGAUUGGAGUUAAUGGAGCGGAUGGAGAAUGAGAUGGGAUGGGAGGAGAACAAUGGAGAGGAUUUGGAUUUUAGGGUUCCUGAUUUCAUUUUGGAGAUUGAGGAAAGCAGAAGGAGGUGAGGUAGGUGUCUUCUUUAUUCAGCUAUUUCGGAAAAAGAAUGCCCAUGUGGAGCUCAACAUUCCAUGUCACAGGAUAACGGGUCAUAUCAGUAUUUUCUGUGAGGGAUCAAUUGCGAUUGCCAACAGAAGGACUAAAAUGUCUAAACGUUGCACAGCCGUGUUCAAUUUGUGUAACAAAUAUCUUCCAGGGACUAAGUUUCAAAAAGUACAUCUUUCAGGGACCAAAUUGUGAGUUUUGUCCCUUCCCUCGUACCUUCUUCACUUCGGCUCUCAAAAGAAGAGACCAGAGAGAGAGAGAGAGAGAGAAGAGGUUCCGCCAUUGGCGUUGAGAAGCUCAAUGAGUCAACUCGCGACUCAGCGGCCCGAGUCGGCUCACCACCGCCUCUAUGACCUCGCCAAGACUGCCCUCAUCAAGAUCUUUGUCCACCCCUACGCCACGGUCUGUGAGCUCUACUGUGGAGGAGGGCUCGAGGCGGAGAGAUGGGAAGAAGCUCAAAUCGGCCACUACAUCGGGAUUGAUGAAUCUUCUUCCGGGAUAAGUGAGAGAAGAGAAGCUUGGGAGAGUCUUAGGAAAGUUUACACGACCGAUUUUUUCGAGCUCGACCCUUGCACGGAUGAUAUAGGACAGCAUUUGCAGGAGAAGAUGAAUCAGGCCGAUUUGGUUUCCUGCUUACAGCAUUUGCAGUUAUGUUUUGAGACAGAGGAGAAGGCGAGGAAGCUUUUGCAUAAUGUUUCUUCUUUGCUGAAACCUGGGGGUUAUUUUUUUGGUAUUACUCCUGACUCAUCUACCAUAUGGGCAAAGUAUCAGAAGAAUGUAGAAGCAUACCAUAACAGAAGUGGCAGUAUGAAACCUGGGAUUGUUCCCAACUGCAUUCGAUCAGAGAGCUACGUGAUCACCUUUGAAGUCGAAGAAGAGAAGUUCCCACUGUUUGGUAAAAGAUACCAGCUUAAAUUUGCUGGUGAUACCUCUGCAGAAACCCAUUGUUUGGUUCAUUUCCCAAGCUUGAUCAGGUUGGCUCGGGAAGCUGGUCUUGAAUAUGUGGAGAUUCAGAAUUUAACGGAGUUUUUCGAUGAUAAUAGAGCACAAUUUGCAGGAAUGCUAAUGAACUCAGGUCUGAACCUGGUGGAUCCCCGAGGGAGACUACUUCCUCGCUCAUUUGAUAUAUUAGGUCUAUACACGACAUUUAUUUUUCAAAAGCCAAACCCCGAUGCUGCCCCUCCACUCAUGACCCCAGUAUUGCCGGAAGUGACUUACAUUAAUGAUGAGGCCGAUUGGUUUGACUGGAGGGAGGAAGAAGCAACCGCCCCAGCAGAGCCGCUCGGUGGGCUUGGGAAAAUAACUGAACAGAAAGGAAUACUUGGCCCAGGACCUCCUGAGUUACGAUUCCCAGAGGCUCUUUAACCUCGUGAAAUUGAAGGACAAAGUUAUGUCCACUGGAUUCUGCACCGCAGCUGUGGAUUGUAUAUAAACUUUGUUCUCUCUCCCUCUCUCUCUCUGCGCCCGCCCCCGAUAGUCUGUAACUUGGAGUAUGUUUUGGUUCGUUUCAAUGGAUACCAACCUUUUUAUUUUUGUCC